GUGAAAGUUGGGGACAAGGAGGUUGAUGUGAUGAAAGGUUUCCGACUGUACAUAACCACAAAGCUGGGCAACCCAGCAUACACUCCAGAAGUGUCUGCCCGUACAUCCAUCAUUGACUUUACUGUGACCAUGAAAGGACUGGAGGAUCAAUUACUGGGCAUUGUCAUUCUAACAGAGAAGCAGGAGCUAGAGGCAGAAAGGACAAGCCUGCUGGAAGAGGUGACCACCAACAAGAGGAAGAUGAAGGAUCUUGAGGACAGCUUGCUCUACAGAUUAACAUCUACCCAGGGUUCCCUUGUAGAGGAUGAGUCACUGAUUGAAGUACUGAGAAUCACAAAGAGCACAGCUGAGGAGGUCAGUGAGAAGUUGUCUGUUGCUGCAGAGACGGAAGUUAAGAUCAAUGCAGCCAGGGAGGAGUUCAGACCAG